AGUCGAUAGCAGCCAAUGACACACAGAUGUAGAAGUUCUCCUAACAUUCUGUUUCUGUCCCCAACCAUGUCGACUUCACUGCUUCUGUUUCUCUGCCUGGUCGGACAUGCGUUUGCCGAAAAGCCUCCAGAUGUGGAUUGUUUGGUGGUGCAUCUGCAACAUGUUCACUGUUCCUGGAAUCAAAAGCGGGCUCCAGAAGUCAAUUACACCUUCUCCAGCUGGUUCCAUCAUGAAAAGGAAAAGGAGUGCGCCACCUAUCUGUCAGAGAAUGGUGUGAUCACUGGAUGCUACCAGCCCUAUCAGGAAACCAAAAGAUUCAACUCAUUUUACACAACACUAGUCCAUGGCAACAAAACUUUUCUCAAGACACAUGAACUCAAAAAUAAAGUCAAGUUAAAUCCACCAAGCAACGUGACUGUGAAGAAUGGAUCUGACUCCAACCUGUGGUUUUACUGGAACCAGACUAAAUCCCAGUGUGUGGAGAGUGAAGUCCGCUACAAGAUAAACGACAGGACGGAGCAGCGUUUUCCGGUCAGUAAUGGGGUUCAGAGCUACGGCAUCAACUUGCCCUCCAGUUCCUCCCGAUAUGAGCUGCAAGUGCGGAGCAGAGUGGAUGACACCUGUGGACAGUCUAUCUUCUGGAGCGACUGGAGUGAGCCUGUGGUCUGGGGAUCCAACAGCCACACAGUUUCUGUUUUUUCUAGGGCUUCAGCCUGCCAGGAAGCUGGGUUCUAUCGAUGUUCACUUUGCCGCUGGUUACCUCCUUCCUUAGCUGGUCUACUUGUUCUUUGUCUUUGAGGGAGGCAUCAUACCAUUGGCCUACUAGGCUUUUCACAGGUUCAGAAUCAUCAUCAUCCCUGUGAUUCCCAAGCCAUUUCCUUCUCCAUCGCAUCGAAUGAACCAGAAGAGCCAUCCUUUUUUAUCUUUCACUUUUACAGCCUAACCUAAGCAGCAGCAGCAAGGUUUUAUUUAGGAGUUUACUAGGUGUCUAAAUAAAGGCCGAGCUUGUCAAAAGUCUGACACAUCUGCUGCUUGAAAUGCAAGGAUCAGAAAAUUGAUAAAUUGUAUCAUGUAUAAAAAUCGAUCUAUAGUCUAGUGCUUAAAUUUAUUAUUCUUGCUGUCACUACCCUAAAUUAACAGUACUGCUGAUUACUAAAGUAUUUUUAUGUUUCUGUAAUGGUUUACUUAACAUCUGUAAACAAAACAAAAACGUAUCAACAAA